AUGUCACCCAGUCAGAUUUUUUUGAUCUCAGCUCUGUUGGCUCUAAGUAGUUGUCACGUAUUUGGGCAAACCACCAUCGAUUGCCAAAGACCGCCGCAACUUGUGGACCCUGCACUUUGCUGCAAAGAUGGGGGACGCGACCAGGUGGCAGAGCAGUGCGCCCAGCGGAUUUUGGGGGCUCCAAAUGGACAGAAACCAGCAGGUCCUCCUUCACUGGACACGGCAGCAUGCCUUGCCGAGUGCAUUCUCACUUCAUCCAAGUACAUUGAGGAGCCCCAAAAACUGAACUUGGCCAACAUACGCAGUGAUCUCUCGACCAAGUUCUCCAACGAUAGCCUCUAUGUGGAAGCCAUGACGAUAGCCUACUCGAAAUGUGAGCCCCAAUCCCAGCGAAGAUUGGCAAUGAUCCUGCAACAGCAGCAGCAGCAACUGCAGCAACAACAGUCCCAGCAGCAACAGCCAAGAUGCAGUCCCUUCUCGGCCAUCGUACUUGGUUGCACCUACAUGGAAUACUUCAAGAACUGUCCGGAUCAUCGGUGGACCCAAAAUGCCCAGUGUGCUCUGGCCAAAGCCUAUGUUACGCAGUGCGGUUUGGGUGCUUGAAUAUUCGAAUAAUUUUAACAUUUAGUAAAUA